AUUAUACUACCAAGUACCUACCUAAAUGUUGCCUACCUCCUAGGUACCUAAGGUAUAAGUGUAAUCUUUACUUUUCCCUCAUCAUCUCCUCUAUGAAUUAGUUAAAUCCAGUCCUGAUCAUCGAUGCUUAAUGCUUCUCUUAAAAAGUUAUUACUAACUUACCAUGGCGUCGUUUGCAGAAUUACCCACCGAGAUCAUCUUCGAAAUCAUAGACCGGCUCUUCGACAUCUUAGACGUUGUUGCGCUAUCUUCAACAAAUCGCCGCCUCCACGAUAUUGUCACAAAGAACAACAAAAUAGUUAGCAGGUUCGAUAAGGCUUCUCUCGAUCAGAAUCUGCUCUUAGCUGCAUUCUUAGGUCAAAUCAAUGUAGUCAAACUUCUUCUAGACUAUGGCGUCAACCCGAACCAAUAUCAUGUCGGUCGUAUAGACAGGUCUGUCCGAUGUCAAUACCAUACGUUUAGUAGCUUGGGGGUUCCAGAUCAAUUUACUGCUCUGGUCCGUAAUAUUCCCACCUUAGAUGACAUCAUGGACUGGACCUAGAUGGACCAGGAAUGGUAUGGUCUUUGGUGUUCAACUCCACUGCACCUGGCGGCGUAUAGGGGGCACGAUGAUAUUGUGGCGCUCCUAAUUAAGAGAGGUGCGAGACUCACCUUAAAGUCCAUUGGUGUCCACGGGCGUAAACACGCUGCGAA